UGUUAUUCCCGUCGAGCUGGCACAAGCUGUGAUCGAUUAAUCUACCAUGUGCACUCGAGACCCUUCCUCGCACUGUACAAGACGUCUCCCCCGCCUGGUGACGAAACGAAGUCAAUGAAGGUCCUCCUCGAGACGCGGCCUGACAUACCUUCAUCUUCCUUUUACAACUGGAGAUGGGGUGCAACUCUCCGGAGUCAGAUGAAGCCUGGGAUUGAGCUUCUACUUACGAGGGAACGACGUCUCAUAGCUAGUAGUAAGAAUCUGUUUAGCAGCUCUGUGUGUUGUCACUUCUAUACGAUUCCGUCGCAUACAGACUGGAAUUGAAGCUGCAGACGAACUAAUUGAAGCUUGCUGGCGUUGUGAGGACAUCCAAGUGAGAGCAAUUUGAGCUUCAUUCGUGCUUAGAAUCUUAGAAUAAUCAGCGCUGUGUGGCACGAUGUAUUCUAGGAAUUGGCGAAGUCGCCAUGUCCUGCAGUUGUUAGCAGCUCUGUUGCUGUGGGCGGGAUGGUUGCAGUCUGGAGCGAACGGUCAAGGGUACUGGGAGAUAGUGAAGGACAAUGCUGGUAUUGCAACAAUGCAUGCUGCAGUGACAAGCUUCGGAAAUGUCAUUCUUCUCGACCGCACCAAUGUCGGUGACUCACAGCUUCCCUUGAACAACGGACGGUGCAGACAAAACGAAGCUGAUCGGGCCAAUAAAAAUGACUGCACGGCGCACUCUGCGGUCUUCUCCCCUGGCUCGAACAACAUCAGGCCACUGUUUGUUUUCACCGAUACGUGGUGCUCGUCCGGGCAGUUCAACGGCGACGGAAAGAUGGUCCAGACGGGCGGAGACGCUGAAGGAGUAGCCAAGAUUAGAGAAUACCAACCCUGCGGCGAUGAUGGGGGUUGCGAUUGGGUGGAGCUAGAUACUAGUCUCCAGAUUGGAAGGUGGUACGCCUCCAACCAGCAGCUACCCGACGGCACACAGAUAGUGGUUGGCGGCCGAAACGCAUUUACUGUUGAGUAUGUACCUGCAAAUGGGCGCGGCCAAACUACGUUGCCCCUUCUUCAGGAGACCAACAGUGCCCAGAAUGACAACCUCUACCCAUUCGUGCACCUCCUCCCCAACAACAACCUCUUCAUAUUCGCCAACAAGGACUCCGUUCUCUACGACUGGCAAAACAAUGUAGUGGUGAAGAAGCUCCCUCAGCUCGCAGGCGAGCCCCGGAACUACCCCUCUGCGGGAAGCUCCGUGAUGCUCCCGCUGAAAUCCGAUGAUGGGUUCAAGAGCUGCGAGGUGCUUGUUUGCGGAGGAGCGGCGGAGGGUGCAUUCAGCAACCCGACCGCGCUGUCCCCCGCUAGCAACACCUGCGGACGCAUCAACCCCUUGGGUGAUGGGGGAUGGGCCAUCGAGACCAUGCCCCACAGACGCACCAUGGGCGACAUGAUUCUAACUCCCCUUGGCGAUGUGAUCAUCAUCAACGGCGCAGCGAGGGGCUCCCAGGGUUGGGGUUACGCUAGCGAUCCUGUCCUCACCCCCGAUCUGUACUCCCCGGACAAGGCUGCGGGAGAACGGUUCCAAACGCUUGCUCCCUCCACGAUUCCUCGCAUGUAUCACUCCACUUCAAAUCUUCUGCCUGAUGGCCGGAUUCUGUGUGCUGGUAGCAACACGCACCAGUUCUACACAUUUACGGGAGAUUUCCCCACCGAGCUCAGAAUCGAUGCUUACAACCCCCCUUACCUUGGCGGCACUCGCCCCGCAUUGGAGAUUCCUGGGGCCAUAGCCUACGGAGGAGCGUUCACCGCCACGGUCACUUACGGGGGUGAUUUCACUGUUGGCAUCCAGCUCACAAUGGUCAACUCGCCGUUCGUCACGCACUCGUAUGCACAGGGCCAAAGAUUGCUGAAACUUGCAGCAUCUGUGCCAGUGAUAGUUGGCGGCGGCAAGUACACAGUGGACUCAACGGGACCGCCAGAUGCCACCAUUGCACCUGGAGGCUACUACAUGCUGUUCGCCAUUGUGAACGGUGUCCCUAGUUGGGCAAAUUGGGCGAAGAUUGGCUAAUUGGGCUGAUCGAUCGUCGAUCUCCGAUUCAUCCUUGUUGUGAUCCUCCCUCUGAUUGGGCACAGAUGCCUGUGACGAUCGACCCCUGAGGGAUGAGGACCGAUCCGCUCUUCCAAUGUAAAAUCUAGCGAUCGAAACAAUGAUGGUAUCUUUCCAAAUGUCAGUGUUGGGUGUCGCAGGUUCGGUUGCACACUAGCAGAGACAGCAUUAUUUUCGUUGAAUUUCAAGAUUGCUAUUCGUAAACAUGUAGUUUGGAAUUUGAAACUAAUUCAUAGUAGAGUCUUAUGUGCUGUAGGAAAUCAGUUCCAGAUUGAUACCAUUAGGGUGCAACUUUGAGCCAAUUUCGCCAAGUGCGUGGGGAGAUUUUGAAUGCCCCCGAAUCCCAGUUUUGGUUCAGGUUCAGAGGUUGCAUACCGGUAGUGUAGAGAGGCUCUGUAUAUGGCCAGAGGAUAAAAGGCCGGCUAUUACGCCGCGAAAUUCGAAGUUUCCUGACAAAUAUUAGGAAAUCAUGUGUGCACAGAAAGCUGGGAGCGCCGUCUUGCUCUGCAUUGGUUAUUACUUGUAAUAAAAGCUACGAGCUUGCUCCAACAGGCAUCGGCAUGAAUAACUCGAUCAAUGUUAUACGUUU